UUUAUGCAAUUGUUUAGCUGUUCAAGCAAACACACAAGUCAUGUGAUUGGAAGGAAGAGAAUUCAGCAUGUGAAAGUUGUGUAACUUUUAAACUACAUUGGUCAAAUGAGGGGUUAUAUACUGUUGGUUUUGGUCGCUGCAAAUGGACUUUGUGCCUUAUCGGGAAAAAUAAUUUCUGAUUUUCACAGUGAUUCUUACCGUACGGUACACAAUGUACUUUCUGUGUCUGGUCAUGGUGGCCUUGUUAAAUCAGAAACAAGUGAAUUUCGUUUGUUUAGGGAAAAGUUUAACAGAAGUUUUGUAGCUGACAGCAAAGAUUUUUUACUGAAGCUUGAUAAUUUUAAGGCCAGCAUUAGAAGACACUCAUUCCUGAAUUUGUCAUUUGAUUCCUCUAACAAUUCUGCUCAGUAUGGCAUAAACCAGUUUUCUGACUUUUCAACCACAGAAUUCAGAGAACAGUAUUUGAAGGCCCGGCCUGAAAAAGUUCCACUGUUUACAAACCUGAAGGAAGAAAGAUUCCAUGGACCCUUACCUCUGAGGUUUGACUGGAGAGAUAAGAAAGUUGUUACCCCUGUUCAGAACCAACAGUCAUGUGGGGGCUGCUGGGCAUUCAGUGUAGUUGGAGGAAUAGAAUCUGUUUAUGGAAUACAAGGUCAUUCCCUGGAGGAGCUUAGCGUUCAGCAAGUGAUUGAUUGCUCUUAUAAGAACAAGGGUUGCAAUGGUGGCUCUACUGUGGUUGCUUUAAACUGGCUAAAUCAGACAAAAGAAAAACUAGUGAAAGAGUUGGAUUAUCCUUUUAAAGCAUUAACAGGAAUUUGUCAUUAUUUUGCAAAAUCACAUUUUGGAGUAUCAAUAAAGGAUUUUGUGGCUUAUGACUUCAGUGGACAAGAGGAGAUAAUGAUGGAGAAGCUUGUGAACUGGGGUCCACUUGCAGUAACAGUGGAUGCAGUUAGUUGGCAGGACUAUCUUGGAGGUGUUAUACAGCAUCACUGCUCUAGUCAGGAGGCAAAUCACGCUGUCCUCAUCACAGGGUAUGACAGAACAGGUGAUGUUCCUUACUGGAUAGUGCGCAACUCAUGGGGAGCCUCAUGGGGCAAUGAAGGCUAUGUCUACAUUAAAAUGGGAAGCAAUGUUUGUGGCAUUGCUGAUACUGUAACUGCUGCCUUUUUGUGACCAGAUGUAAAGUCCUUGAAGGCCUUGAAGUCAAUAUACCAGGAAUUAAUUAAUGUUAAUUAGAUGACUGGCAGGACCGUCAUUGCUGUAAAACUAUACCGUGAGUCCAAGGGGAAGAGAUGACGAUUUUACUCAAGUCAAAUUCUAAAUAUCUCAAUGAAUCUGUUAUUUAUUGAGAUAUCAAUAAAAAAACUUAGUAAGUACGUUUAGAUUAAAUUUUUCUUUGCAACAACUCCUCUGAGAGUAACCAUUUUAGCAGUUCUUGCAAAGGUUGAACAGCUAUAGCCCUGCCUGGGAUUUGAACCCACAGUCUACCAUUAUUGCACUUAAGGUUUAUUUCACAGGUUUGCAUUAGUGCCCAUCUAGUUUACUUUACCCAAAGUAACACUGGGUUGUUCAGAAACAGAACUAAAUAGACUUUGGAGCUUGACCUUAGGAAAGGAGCUAAGAUUUCAAUUAAUAAAACCUGUCCUUUCAUUUACUCCAGUAAGUUUACCAAAAGUACCACACUGAGAGAAGACAACAUUUUAUAUUUAAUUCCAUUUUAAAUUGUUUAUGGACUAUUUUUUCACCUUUUUAAGAAGAUCUGAAAAUGAGAUAUUUUGAAGGGUUUAUACUUGGUAAUGUUUUUAAAGAACAUCUGAACUUAAAACUUGAAAUUAGAAUUGAGUUUUUAAUAAGUUUCAUAUACAUGUAAGUUUAUUUCCAGUUGCUAAUAAAUACAUAAAACUUCUGUUUUUCAGAAUAUGUAAAUGAGCAAUGUAUUGUGAUAUUUUAUUUUUUGUACA